CUCCGAGAGGCGGGACCUAGACCGGACGAAGUGGGUCCGACGGGGCGGGGUCAGGGGGCGGGACGGAAGACUGGAACUCCGGCCCAAGGCCCCGCAGUCCUAUUUUGGGUUUUUUUUUUUUCUGGGUUUUUUUGAGGUCUCAAACCUCAGACUCGGUGUUUCUUUGUAAGCAGCGGAUUUAUGUUUAUCUGCUUUGGGGAUGAAGUACAUUACUAUGUUCAUAGGAAAAUCUACUUGUGAAACCAGAAUGGUACCAACAGCCUGCUGAAUAUGUUUAGCCUUAAGAAAAAGAAAUAGUGGGGCUGUUUGUUGUAGCAAAGGAAUGGAAGACACUGCCUGGGAUUAGCUGCGAAAGAGGGGAGAGUCACUUCUCCGUUUCCAUUGAAGACUAUUAGCAGCUUUGGAUGGACGAGGAAAACUUAAGUGCCCAGCUUUUUUUUUUUUUUUUUAAAGAAAUCCUAAGCCGAAUCCUUUUGUAAAGCAAAAGAUCAGCUUCUACUACACCAAUUUUGCAAACCCUCCGGAUUGGGUUUGCUUGGAACAAACUCAGUUAUUCCUCUGCAUUCCAACAGGGGGCAUCCUUUAACUGAUUUUUUUUUUUUUUUCCCAAACCUUCCUCUAAGUGAUUACUGAGUGGGUGUGUUCAGCAGCAUGAGAGAGAAAACAGCAAAAGUAAAAUUCCAAAAAAAAAAAAAAAAAAAAGACUAAGCAAAGUUUUAAAACUCCACGAAGCGCAAAAAAGAAUGAACGGGGUGGUGUGGAACACCAAUUAAUUCGGCUUUUGCCGAAUUAAAAGUCAGUGGCGUCUUGGCGGUCUCCUGACCUGGCUGCAUUUAUUAGCGCCAAACCACUUCGGUUUCAUUUGUUGCACAUAAUUAUUUUUAGUUGAGGUUUCGCCCUUUUCACUUCCACAUUUCCCAAAUUCAUAAGCGGGUUCCUGCAGCACUGCGGGGGCCCCGGGAGUUUGGGUAUCAGUUUACACGUAGCCUUCAGUACACAAUCCGUCAGAGAUCCACCCAGUCGCCUCCCCCUACCCCACCCCUGCGCUCUGGACUGGAGAAAUCUUACCUUCUCCCCCCGCGGCGCGCAGCCCCAGCGCACACUCCGCGUCAACUCGGCUGGCUGGCACUUGCCUUCUGCCCACGAAGAGCCAUGCUUCGCGUGAUUGUGGAGUCUGCCAGCAAUAUCCCUAAAACGAAAUUUGGGAAACCGGAUCCUAUUGUUUCUGUUCUUUUUAAGGAUGAGAAAAAGAAAACAAAGAAAGUUGACAAUGAACUCAACCCUGUAUGGAAUGAGAUUUUGGAGUUUGACUUGAGGGGUAUACCACUCGACUCUUCAUCUUCCCUUACAAUUGUUGUAAAAGAUUUUGAGACGAUUGGACAAAAUAAAUUAAUUGGCACGGCCACGGUCUCCCUGAAGGACCUAAUUGGCGACCAGAACAGAUCUCUGCCAUACAAACUCAUCUCCCUGCUGAAUGAAAGGGGUCAAGAGACUGGGGCCACCAUUGACCUGGUGAUUGGCUAUGUUCCACCUUCGGCUCCACAUCCAAAUGACCCCAGUGGGACCAGUACAUCAGUCAUAGAAGGAGAAGAGGAGGAAGAUGGAGGUGAUGAAGACAGAUUGGACAAUACAGUCAGGACCCCUGGGCCCAAGGGGGCAGGUGGGCUGGUGUCGGAGGCUCAGCUUGCCCGGAGGCUCACGAAAGGAAAGAAGAGCCGUCGGAUGCUGUCCAACAAGCCCCAGGACUUCCAGAUCCGUGUCCGGGUGAUUGAGGGCCGGCAGUUAAGUGGCAACAAUAUAAGGCCCGUGGUCAAGGUCCACGUCUGUGGCCAGACACACCGAACGAGAAUCAAGAGAGGGAACAACCCAUUUUUUGAUGAGUUAUUUUUCUACAAUGUCCACAUAACUCCUUCUGAACUGAUGGAUGAGAUCAUCAGCAUUCGGGUUUAUAAUUCCCAUUCUUUGCGGGCAGACUGUCUGAUGGGGGAAUUUAAGAUUGAUGUUGGAUUCAUUUAUGAUGAACCUGGUCAUGCUAUCAUGAGAAAAUGGCUUCUUCUCAAUGACCCCGAAGAUGCCAGCUCAGGAGCUAAAGGUUACAUGAAAGUCAGCAUGUUCAUCCUGGGAACCGGAGAUGAGCCUCCUGCUGAGAAACGAGAUCGUGAUAAUGACAGUGAUGACGUGGAGAGUAAUUUGCUACUCCCUGCUGGCAUCGCUCUCCGGUGGGUGACCUUCUUGCUGAAAAUCUACCGAGCAGAGGACAUCCCCCAGAUGGAUGAUGCCUUCUCACAGACGGUAAAGGAAAUAUUCGGAGGCAAUGCAGAUAAAAAAAACCUAGUGGAUCCUUUUGUAGAAGUUUCCUUUGCUGGGAAAAAGGUUUGCACAAAUAUAAUUGAGAAAAAUGCAAACCCUGAGUGGAACCAAGUCAUUAAUCUUCAGAUCAAGUUUCCUUCGAUGUGUGAAAAAAUAAAGCUAACAAUAUAUGACUGGGACCGUCUGACUAAAAAUGAUGUCGUUGGAACAACAUACCUAUACCUCUCCAAAAUUGCUGCCUCUGGUGGGGAAGUGGAAGAUUUAUCAUCUUCGGGAUCUGGGGCUGCAUCGUAUACAGCAAAUACAGGAGAAACAGAGGUGGGCUUUGUGCCAACAUUUGGACCUUGUUACCUGAACCUUUACGGAAGCCCCAGAGAGUACACAGGAUUCCCAGACCCCUAUGAUGAGCUAAAUACUGGCAAGGGGGAAGGAGUUGCCUACAGAGGCAGAAUCUUGGUUGAAUUAAGCACUUUUCUUGAAAAGACACCACCAGACAAAAAACUUGAGCCCAUUUCAAAUGAUGACCUGCUGGUUGUGGAGAAAUACCAACGAAGGCGGAAGUAUAGCCUGUCUGCCGUGUUCCAUUCAGCCACCAUGUUGCAAGAUGUUGGCGAGGCCAUUCAGUUUGAAGUCAGCAUUGGGAACUACGGCAACAAGUUUGACACAACUUGUAAGCCUUUGGCAUCAACUACUCAAUACAGCCGUGCCAUAUUUGAUGGAAACUACUAUUAUUACUUGCCUUGGGCCCACACAAAGCCAGUUGUUACCCUGACUUCAUACUGGGAGGACAUUAGUCAUCGCCUGGAUGCGGUGAACACUCUCCUAACCAUGGCAGAACGGCUGCAAUCAAACACAGAGGCUCUAAAAUCAGGGAUACAAGGUAAAAUUCCUGCAAACCAGUUGGCCGAAUUAUGGUUGAAGCUGAUCAACGAAGUUAUAGAAGACACAAGGUACACGUUGCCUCUCAUGGAAGGAAAAGCUAAUGUCACAAUUCUUGACACUCAGAUCCGAAAGUUGCGGUCCCGAUCUCUCUCCCAGAUACACGAGGCAGCUGUGAGGAUGAGGUCUGAGGCCACAGAGGUGAAGUCCACGCUGGCGGAAAUUGAGGACUGGCUUGAUAAACUGCUGCAGCUGACUGAAGAGCCACAGAACAGUAUGCCUGACAUUAUCAUCUGGAUGAUCCGGGGAGAGAAAAGACUGGCCUAUGCACGCAUUCCUGCACACCAGGUUUUAUACUCCACCAGUGGUGAGAACGCAUCUGGGAAAUACUGUGGGAAAACCCAGACCAUCUUGCUGAAGUAUCCGCAGGAAAACAACCACGGACCCAAGGUGCCUGUGCAGCUGCGGGUGAACAUCUGGCUGGGCCUGAGUGCUGUUGAGAAGAAGUUCAACAGCUUCGCAGAAGGAACAUUCACCGUCUUCGCUGAAAUGUAUGAAAAUCAGGCUCUUAUGUUUGGAAAAUGGGGCACUUCUGGAUUAGUCGGUCGUCAUAAAUUUUCGGAUGUCACAGGAAAAAUAAAACUCAAGAGGGAAUUCUUUUUACCUCCAAAAGGCUGGGAAUGGGAAGGAGACUGGAUAGUUGAUCCUGAAAGAAGCUUGUUGACUGAGGCGGACGCAGGUCACACGGAGUUCACGGAUGAAGUGUACCAGAAUGAGAGUCGCUACCCCGGGGGGGAGUGGAAGGCAGCCGAGGACACCUACACCGAUGCGAACGGUGAUAAAGCAGCAUCGCCCAGCGAGCUGACAUGCCCUCCAGGUUGGGAAUGGGAAGAUGACGCAUGGGUAUAUGACAUAAAUCGAGCAGUGGAUGAGAAAGGCUGGGAGUAUGGAAUUACCAUUCCUCCUGAUAAUAAGCCCAAAUCCUGGGUUGCAGCAGAGAAAAUGUAUCAUACUCAUAGACGGCGAAGGCUGGUCCGAAAACGCAAGAAAGAUUUAACACAAAGCACUUCAAGUACUGCAAGGGCCAUGGAAGAAUAUGAAGACCGGGAGGGCUGGGAAUAUGCUUCUUUAAUUGGCUGGAAAUUUCACUGGAAACAGCGUAGUUCGGAUACCUUUCGCCGUAGACGCUGGAGAAGAAAAAUGGCUCCUUCAGAAACACAUGGUGCAGCUGCCAUCUUUAAACUUGAAGGUGCCCUCGGUGCGGACACUACUGAGGAAGGAGAUGAAAAGAGCACAGAAAAGCAGAAGUACAGUGCCACCACCGUGUUUGGGGCAAACACUCCCAUUGUUUCUUGUAACUUUGACAGAGUCUACAUUUACCAUCUGCGCUGCUAUAUCUAUCAAGCCAGAAACCUCAUGGCUCUAGACAAGGAUAGUUUUUCAGAUCCGUAUGCUCAUGUCUCCUUCCUCCAUCGAAGCAAAACCACUGAGAUCAUCCACUCAACUCUGAAUCCCACAUGGGACCAAACGAUUAUAUUUGAUGAAAUUGAAAUCUAUGGGGAGCCCCAGACAGUCCUACAGAACCCACCCAAAGUUGUCAUUGAACUUUUUGACAAUGACCAAGUGGGCAAAGAUGAAUUUUUAGGACGAAGCUUGUGCUCCCCUCUGGUAAAGCUAAACUCAGAAAUGGAUAUCACACCCAAACUUCUCUGGCACCCCUUAAUGAAUGGAGACAAAGCCUGUGGGGAUGUCCUUGUAACCGCAGAACUGAUUCUGAGGCACAAGGAUGGCUCCAACCUUCCCAUCCUUCCCUCACAAAGGGCACCAAAUCUAUACAUGGUUCCCCAGGGGAUCAGACCUGUGGUCCAGCUCACUGCCAUUGAGAUUCUAGCUUGGGGCUUAAGAAAUAUGAAGAACUACCAGAUGGCUUCUAUCACAUCCCCCAGCCUCAUUGUGGAGUGUGGAGGGGAAAGGGUAGAAUCAGUGGUGAUCAAAAACCUUAAGAAGACACCCAACUUCCCAAGUUCUGUUCUCUUCAUGAAAGUGUUCUUGCCCAAGGAAGAAUUGUACAUGCCUCCUCUGGUGAUCAAGGUCAUUGACCACAGGCAGUUUGGGCGGAAGCCUGUCGUUGGGCAGUGCACCAUCGACCGCCUGGACCGCUUUCGCUGCGACCCUUAUGCGGGAAAGGAGGAUCUUGUGCCACAGCUAAAAGCCUCCCUUCUGUCUACCCCACCCUGCCGGGACGUCAUUAUUGAAAUAGAAGACACCAAACCAUUACUGGCUUCAAAGCUGACAGAAAAGGAGGAAGAAAUCGUUGACUGGUGGAGCAAAUUUUAUGCUUCCACAGGGGAACAUGAAAAAUGUGGACAAUAUGUUCAGAAGGGCUAUUCCAAACUCAAGGUAUAUGAUUGUGAACUGGAGGAUGUAACAGAAUUCGGCGGCCUGACCGACUUUUCGGAUACUUUCAAGCUGUAUCGAGGCAAAUCCGAUGAAAAUGAAGAUCCUUCUGUGGUAGGAGAGUUUAAGGGCUCCUUUAGAAUCUACUCCCUGUCGGAUGACCCCAGUGUGCCGGCCCCUCCCAGGCAGUUUCGGGAAUUACCUGACAGCGUCCCACAGGAAUGCACGGUUAGGAUUUACAUUGUUCGAGGCUUAGAGCUCCAGCCCCAAGACAACAAUGGCCUGUGUGACCCUUAUAUAAAAAUAACACUGGGCAAAAAAGUAAUUGAAGAUCGAGACCACUACAUCCCCAACACCCUCAACCCGGUUUUCGGCAGAAUGUAUGAGCUCAGCUGCUACUUACCUCAAGAAAAAGAUCUGAAAAUUUCUGUCUACGAUUACGACACUUUUACCCGUGACGAAAAGGUGGGAGAAACAAUUAUCGAUCUGGAAAAUCGAUUCCUUUCCCGGUUUGGGUCCCACUGCGGCAUACCUGAACAAUACUGUGUUUCUGGAGUAAAUACCUGGCGAGAUCAGUUGAGACCAACACAGUUGCUUCAAAAUGUAGCCAGAUUCAAAGGUUUCCCACCACCCAUCCUUUCCGAAGACGGAAGUAGAAUCAGAUAUGGAGGUCGAGACUAUAGUUUGGAUGAAUUUGAGGCCAACAAAAUUCUGCACCAGCACCUCGGGGCCCCCGACGAGCGUCUUGCCCUUCACAUCCUCAGGACUCAGGGACUGGUCCCUGAGCACGUGGAAACGAGGACUUUGCAUAGCACCUUCCAGCCGAACAUUUCCCAGGGGAAACUUCAGAUGUGGGUGGAUGUUUUCCCCAAGAGUUUGGGACCACCAGGCCCUCCUUUCAACAUCACCCCCCGGAAAGCCAAAAAGUACUACCUGCGUGUGAUCAUCUGGAAUACCAAGGAUGUUCUCUUGGAUGAAAAAAGCAUCACAGGAGAGGAAAUGAGUGACAUCUAUGUCAAAGGCUGGAUUCCUGGCAGUGAAGAAAACAAACAGAAAACAGAUGUCCAUUACAGGUCCUUGGAUGGUGAAGGGAAUUUUAACUGGAGAUUUGUUUUCCCGUUUGACUACCUGCCAGCUGAACAACUCUGUAUCAUUGCUAAAAAAGAGCAUUUCUGGAGUAUUGACCAAACUGAAUUUCGGGUCCCACCCAGGCUGAUCAUUCAGAUAUGGGAUAAUGACAAGUUUUCUCUGGAUGACUAUUUGGGUUUCCUGGAACUUGAUUUGCACCACACCAUCAUUCCAGCAAAAUCAUCAGAGAAAUGCAAUUUGGACAUGGUUCCAGACCUCAAAGCCAUGAACCCCCUUAAAGCAAAAACUGCCUCACUGUUUGAGCAGAAGUCCAUGAAGGGAUGGUGGCCAUGCUUUGCGGAUAAAGAUGGCUCCCGUGUGAUGGCUGGGAAAGUGGAGAUGACGUUGGAAAUCCUCAAUGAGAAGGAGGCAGACGAGAGGCCAGCCGGGAAGGGACGGGAUGAACCCAACAUGAACCCCAAGCUGGACCCACCAAACCGGCCAGAAACCUCCUUCCUGUGGUUCACCAACCCGUGUAAGACCAUGAAGUUCAUCGUGUGGCGCCGAUUUAAGUGGGUCAUCAUCGGCCUGCUGAUCCUGCUGAUCCUGCUGCUCUUCGUGGCCGUGCUCCUGUACUCCUUACCGAACUAUUUGUCAAUGAAGAUUGUGAGGCCAAAUGCAUAAUGAAAGCAAAGGCUUCUUUUCAAGUCAUCCAGCAAUGAGGGAAUCCUGUCUCUGUUACGGACCAAAACCAAGAGUGAUUUUGUGUCUGAGACAACAUCGCCGUGACUUGUCACAUUACUUCACCGAGGCCAUCAGUUCCCGGAGGGUCUAGGUCCUGGGAAGUCAGGCCAACAAGCAACAUUUUUAUUUUCUUAUCUUGUGAAGUAUUAAAAAGUUUUAACCAUGUUUUUCAGGAUAUUUUUCAAGGUGGCUGGUUCCAUUUAAAAAAGCAUCAUUUUUACGUGUCCUUAAUUUUAUAAUUCAAUUUUUAGAAACUGCUGAAAUCAAAGUGGAAAAAUUUCUGCACCUUAACUUCAUAUGCUUAUUUGUAAUCAACAAAAAGGACUCUGCGUUAUAAAAUAUUUAGCAUAGCUAGAGUAAUUCUUAUUUAUGCCUGCAGCCAUUGUUACGAUAUUUUAUACGGAUGAAUGUCAUGAGACUCUAUUCAACCUCUGUGAUGGACUCAAAUAAAAACAUUUCACCUUUGA